GGCAGCAAACAAUAUUUUAAUAUCUUUAUAGAAGUGGGAUUUUUAAUUUUUUGGAUGAUGAAAGUUUGAGGGGUUUGGUUUUAUUUUUGGUUUUGACUUUGGUCUUUUGGUCUUUUGGUCUUUUGAUUGUGGAUCGUUUGUUGGUUGAAUUGGAAGAUUGGAAGAUUGUGUUUGUAUUGAGCUGAACAAGCAAAACAGCAAAGACAGCACGACACCUUUCCAUAAGGAUUCACAACCAAUCAACAGACACAAGAUACAACCUAAUCAGGAAUCGAGACAGCUAUAGCUAUAACUAUAGCAAAACACCCAAGAUGUCCUCCUCCUCAAUGACCUUACCACAGAAACAGCAAAAAAUACUCAAACGACAGAUUUUUCAUGGAACUUUUAUUCAUUGUAGGAAUUUGACGGAUUUGGAGAUUCGACAUGAUACGUAUGUUUUUGUGGACGAGGGUGGAGUUAUUGUGAGGAUUGUGAGGAAGGGUCGUGAUGGUGAUGAUGGUGUGAAGGGGGAUAAGGGGAAAUUGGGUUGGGAGGAUGUCAAAGAGGAUGUGGAGGAAUUGGGUUGGGAUAGGGAUGGGGAUGGGGAUAUGGGAACGGAUAAUGAUUAUGGGAUUGAGUAUUUGAGUUCUUUGCAGGAUGGGGAGCAAAGGUUUUUCUUUCCGGGGUUUAUUGGUUAGUUUUUUUCUCUCUUCUUUUCCUUUUCUACUUUCGACUUUGGAUUUUUGUUUGUUUGUUCCUUCAAGGAAGGGAUGUUAUAAACAUCCAUCAUGGAAAAGAAUGAUAUCACGAUAAUCCUCCCCAACAGCAUCCAACUAACAAACCCCUAGAUACCCAUAUCCACGCCCCCCAAUACCCCAACAGCGGACUUUUCGGCUCCUCAACCCUCCUAAACUGGUUAAAUACCUACACCUUUCCCCUCGAAUCCUCCUUCACCUCUCUUCCCAAAGCCCACACCAUCUACUCACGCGUAAUCCAACGUACGUUAUCACAUGGGACAACAACCGCCGCUUAUUACGCAACCAUCCAUGUCGAAGCCACAAAUCUCCUUGCGGAUUUAUGUUUACGGUUUGGUCAGAGAGCGCUCGUAGGGAGAUGUUGUAUGGAUAGUUCAUCGGGGGCUAAUCCCGAUUAUUACCGUGAUGAGGAUGCUAGUCAGAGUUUACAGAGAUCAAAGGAAUGUAUUCAACAUUGCGAGAAAAUUGAUCCAGACAGAGAUCUCGUGACGCCUAUCUUAACACCAAGAUUUGCACCUAGUUGUUCGCGAGAAUUAAUGACCUCUUUGGGUUCACUGGCAAAAGAGAAGAAUCUCCCGAUCCAAACUCAUAUUUCUGAGAAUCGAGCAGAGAUAAAUUGGGUAGGGGAACUUUUCCCCGAAUGCGCAAAUUAUGCUGCGGUUUAUGAUAAAUAUGGAUGUUUAACUCCCAAAACGAUUCUCGCGCACGCGGUACAUAUUUCAGAGGAAGAAGCAAGUUUGAUUAAAGAAAGAGGGAGCGGGAUAUCACAUUGUCCGAUUUCGAAUUCGGCGUUAACGAGUGGUAUGGCGAGGGUGAGGUGGAUGUUGGAUAGGGGGCUUAAUGUGGGCUUGGGGACGGAUGUUAGUGGUGGGUUUAGUGCGAGUGUUUUGUCUGCGGCAAGGGAGGCUAGUUGUGUUAGUAGGUGUGUUGCGGCUGGGAUUGGGGGAUGGGUUUGCUGGGGGGAAACUGGUGGGGAGAAGGAAGGAGAGAAGGGAAAGGAAUGAGAAAGAGGUGCAAGAUUCAACAGGGGUUUAGUAGGAAUGGGAAGUGGGGGAAGAGGAAAUGGGGGUGGAGGGAGGAGGAGGGUGAGGGGGAGGAAGAAAGAGGGGAGGACGCGUAUAGUGGAAUUGAUGCGCUAGAAGCAGAAACAACGGACCAGUCGAUAUUUUCGGCUGGGAAAGGAAGAGAAAGUCGCGAAGGGUUUUAGUGGGGAUGAUAGGAA